AGUAGUCUGGUCUCACCAUUCUUACCCUGUUCCAUCUGAAGAUUUUCAGCCCACAAGUCGCUUUGGACACAAGCAUUAGUAUUUUUCUUGUUUCCCUUUUUGAAAAGUAAUAGCUUCCAUAGGGCGCAUAUUGUACUGUACCUAUUUAAACAGGGGCACAGCUUCCCCACCGCCCAUUGAUGCAAUAUUUAAGAAUAUGGAACAUGCUCUAGGAUAAAUGCCUCGUCCAAGCCCAUUGCACCUCGUUACUGAACCUUUGACGACGCCAUGGCUGUUCAACGGUCCCUCAAGUUUUUGGACGAGCAACGCCUCCACUCUCGUCCACAAGACCUCAACCCAGCCAAGCGUUGGGUGAUUGGCGCUGCGAUCUUCCAGAAUUCGAAAUCGGAGGACCCUACUCUCCUUCUGUUGAAGCGAGCUCCCCACGAGACAGCCUUCCCUAACGCCUGGGAACUUCCUGGCGGACACGUCGAAACCACGGACGAAACUGUUGCCCACUCCGUCACGCGUGAAGUCCUGGAGGAGACCUCCCAGGUCGUAUCAGAGAUCAUUGGCGAACUCGAGCCGAUGACGUGGGAGUCCAAAACGAAAUCCAACAUCCAACUCAACUACGUGGUAACAGUUGAACCGGGGGUUACUGUCAAGCUGAAUCCCGACGAGCACACGGAAUGGUUGUGGGCUCAAGAAGGACAAAUAGAUUCACUUUUCAUGACCGAGGAAAUGAUAAAGGUCGUUAAGAACGCAUUCAAGUUUGCGGCGCAGUCCCUGUAGACGGCUGCUUCGCACUAUUGCAAUGACGGGGAUAAAUGGUGAAAUCAUGUACCUAGGUAUAAUCAUUGACGACGCUUCAUGACCAAGAGCAUCAAUAUUGCACCAAACUCACACAUGUACAUGCG